AUGAAAUCAAUACAAGGCCUUUGCAUAUACCAAUUCCCAGGUGACCAAAAAGUCAAAGCUUGCAUAAUAGCUAAAAAUAAUUGUGGAACGUUAAUAGGUAUGACACAGUUUUCAACUUCUAACCUCUGCGUUGUCCAAAUGACAAUAGGCACAAGGAAAUUAUAUAUUGCAUCAGCAUACGUUGAGCCCCGAGACGAUGAACACGCAACACUUGAGCGCUUAGACGCCUUUCUUAAAUCAACCAAUGACUCUCAUCGUAUAAUAUGUGGCGAUUUUAAUGGUUGGCACCCACUAUGGGGUUGUGAAACAACUAACAAAAGAGGUCGCGAAGUGGCGGAACUUAUAAUAGGAAAUGAUAUGUAUAUUUGCAACCAAGGAAGCAUCCCAACGUUUGAAACCGUCACACAUGGUAGAAAUUGCUCCUCUAUUAUCGACAUAACUUUUGCCUCAGGGUCUAUAUACGAGAAAAUAAAUAGCUGGAAUGUUAACCUGGAGGCUUGUCCCUCAUCUCAACAUAAUUCUAUUGAAUUUACGCUCAACCUAUUUAACGUUAACACCACAAAAAGAAAAAACACAUCCACAUAUCUGUAUAAAAGUGAAAAAGCUAACUGGGCAGAGUUUAAGGCAGUCUUAGACCUCAAAAUGUGCAAUAACGGAUGCCUAGACGUAGAUAUUCCCACAUUAAAUACCAACGAAUUAGAAUCCUUUAUUACAAAAAUUAUCAGUACAAUCCAUGAAGCUUGUCGAGCAUCCAUGCCAAUGAAGAACAACGUCAUCCAAUGUAAACCCAUAUGGUGGACAGACAAAUUGGAAAAACUGAAAAAAGAUGUUAUCUCCCUCCAUCAUAAAAUUCAUCAUACCAAACGCAAAGGGCUUGCCCUGGACCAACUGUUAGAAGAAAGAAAUAGAAAAAAGAAAGAGUACGGGGAUGAGCUGCGGAGAACAUCAACAGAUAACUUUAGAGAAUUCUGUGAACGGCAAGGUAAGGAGAAUGUUUGGUCAGUUACCAACAGACUUUUAAAGGAGACAAAGUCUAAUUGCUCACCGAGUACUCUAAAAGUAGGAAACAGCUAUACUAAUGAUGAAAAAGAAACCGCAAAGGCACUACUAAAUCAUUUCUACCCUGAAGACAGUCCAGACUCUAAUCCCGCACAUGAACAACUCAGGAAAAAUCGCGAACUAUUUCCAAAAACAAAUGACGACCCUCCCUUUGUUAAAGAAGAAGUUAUAGAAUGCAUCCAAAACAUGAAUCCCAAACGAGCUCCUGGUUGUCACAUCCAAGCCUUUGCGGACGAUGUAUUGCUUAUUGCACACGCACACGAUAAAAACGAAUUAGAAGUUAUUACUAAUAAAGCACUAAGCGAAAUUGUACAAUGGGGAGAUAAAGUCAAACUCUCUUUUAGCCCUGAAAAGACACAGGCAAUCGCUUUCACCCCAAAAGCCAAACCAACCUGGGGUAUUCAACCUGAAAAUAUAAGCAUUAUUUAUCACCAAGUUAUCGAACCUAUUAUCACAUACGCUGCUGGUAUUUGGGGCCAUGCUGCAAAGAAAAAGAGUUGCAAGCGAUUGUUGGAAAAAACACAACGCUUGUUUGCGCUCAAAGCCAUCCGAGGCUUCCGUACAAUCUCUACGAAUGCUGCGCUAGCACUUUCCCAGUUCAUGCCUUUAGACUUAAAAGUUACAGAAAUAAAUCAAAUAGAAAACACUAGAAUUUCCGGAAUCACCCAAUAUCUACCCGAUGAUAUAACCCUUGAAAAGCCCACACCGAUUCAAAAUCUUCUACAUCCUGCUCUCAGAGUUAAAAUAGUGCCAGACAGUUUACAAACUUCAGAAGAAGACCCAAACAAUUUUACACAACCAAUUAAUAUAUACACAGACGGAAGUAAAUUGGAGAACGGAAGAGUGGGCGCCUCUUUUGUAGUUCUAUCGAAAAAUAAAAAUACAAUAACCAAAAAAUUUAAAUUACAUGAUAGCUGCACUGUAUUUCAGGCAGAGCUUUUUGCCAUCGAUAGAGCUUGUACGUGGUCUUUGAAGAGAAAUAUCAAAAAUAUAAAAAUUUUCACAGAUAGUAUGUCAUCAAUUCAAUCAAUAUGUAACCGCAGUAAUACUCACCCAAUAGUUGCAAAUAUUCAUAAAAACAUUAAGAAAAUAAGAGAAGAUGGAACAGUCGUAAUAACAUGGGUAAAAGGUCAUGCAGGCUGUGCCGGAAAUGAAGCAGCUGAUGCAGCUGCAAAAACGCGCAGCCAACUUAAAGAAAAAUUUUGA